CGGUUGCUUGUUUCGAGCGGAUUCGUUCCGUUGUUGAACUGGUGUCAAACUGAGUUCUAUGAUGGAGCUUUGCUCUUGCUCUGCCUGCAACGUCUCGUGAUUGUUAACGUCUAUUUUGUAAUUAUUAUAGUUUUGUCAGGAAGCACGGCGACAUUGACGGGGAUUCUCAACGAAGAGCCAUGGCGGAUAACAUAAUCAUUAGGGUUCAAUCCCCUGAUGGAAUGAAGAAAAUUCCUUCUACCAAGAGGGAGACAGCAGCUGCUUUUCUCAAAAAGGUGGCCAAAGAAUUUGGCUUUAAUUCAAAUGGAUUUUCAGUUUACCUGAACCGCAACAAGACCGGAGAGAUCCUAUCUCAGAACAAAACCCUCAGCUUACUCAAGAUUAAGCAUGGGGACAUGUUGUUUCUGUACCCAUCAACGUCUUCUGGGGAGAAAAUGGAUACAGCCACCCCACACUCGUCUUCAUCACUGCCAUCUCUCUCCUCCUCCUCCUCGUCAUCCUCCUUGAUCCCUCGGUCGUCCUCUGCACCCCAGGUCCAGGAGGAUGAGAUAGAUCAGUAUUUGGCUAAGCAAGAUGGGAAGAUCUACAGGAACAGAGAUCCACAGCUAUGUCGCCAUGGUGCCCUUGGAAAAUGUGUACACUGUGUUCCAUUAGAGCCUUUUGAUGAAGACUACCUGAACCACCUGGACCCGCCGGUGAAGCACAUGUCAUUCCACGCUAACCUCCGUAAGCUGACGGGUGGAGCAGAUAAAGGGAAGUUUGCCGCUCUGGAGAACAUCAGCUGUAAGAUAAAGUCGGGCUGUGAGGGUCAUCCUCCCUGGCCAGACGGGAUCUGCACUAAGUGCCAGCCCAGUGCUAUUACUCUCAACAGACAGAAAUACAGACAUGUGGACAACAUCAUGUUUGAAAACCACACCAUCGCAGAUCGCUUUCUGGACUUUUGGAGGAAAACGGGUAGCCAGAGGAUGGGCUAUUUGUAUGGCAGGUACACCGAGCACAAAGACAUCCCUCUGGGCAUCAGAGCUGAGGUUGCUGCCAUCUAUGAGCCCCCCCAGACUGCCAACCAGAACAGCCUGGAGCUGUUGGAGGAUCCGAAAGCUGGAACUGUGGAUGAAAUCGCAGCAAAGCUGGGUCUCUGCAAGGUGGGAUGGAUCUUCACUGAUCUGCUGUCUGAAGACACAAGGAUAGGGACUGUCCGUUACCUGAGAAACAAGGACUCCUAUUAUCUGAGCGCAGAAGAGUGCAUCACUUCUGGGUACUUCCAGAACCAACAUCCAAACCCAUGCAGACUCUCUCGAGACGGAUUCUUUGGAUCCAAGUUUGUGACAGUUGUGGCAACAGGCGGACCCGAUAACCAGGUGCAUUUCGAAGGAUACCAGGUGUCGAAUCAGUGCAUGGCUCUUGUGAGAGAUGAGUGCCUCCUGCCCUGCAAGGACGCUCCAGAGCUGGGCUACGCUAAAGAAUCCAGCCCUGAGCAGUAUGUACCAGACGUCUUCUUCAAGGACAAAGACAAAUUUGGAAAUGAUGUCACUUUUCUAGCUCGACCUCUUCCCGUGGAGUACCUCAUCAUAGAUAUAACCACAACCUUUCCAAAAGACCCCCAGUACACCUUCACCUCCACACAACGCUUUCCCAUUGAGAACCGGGAUAUUCUCGGAGAGACACAAGAUUUUCACAGUUUAGCGACGUACCUGUCCCAGUGUUCCUCCACAUCAUUCCUGGACAUUGUGUCAGACUUCCAUCUGCUGCUUUUCCUCGUCACCAAUGAAGUUAUGCCUCUGAGAGACAGUAUUGGGCUUCUGCUUGAUGCAGUGAAGACUUCUAAUGAGGAUCUGGCCGAAACCUGGAAGAAGUCGGAGCAGUGGGCCACCAUUGAGCAGUUGUGCAGCACAGUGGGCGGCCAGCCGUCCAGCUCUCUGGGUUACGGGGCCAUGGGCGGCUCCUCCGCUCCCACCUCGUCUUCAGCCAUGUGGUCUUGCCUCCAUUGCACAUUCAUGAACCAGCCUGGCACGGAGCACUGUGAAAUGUGCAGUCUGCCUCGCAGUUAGACCCUCCACCCCCCAGCCCGAGCAAUGCUCUGCUCCAGGAUCAGCUGCAAGAAGGCUCCCUCACUGUUUUUCCCCUCUGUUGUUACUCAGGCGGCUGCACACAUGAAGGGAACUCUUGGUUCUUCAGAGGGAACCAGGAGGUCCUGUUUUCCUCCCCUAGAAGCUCAUGUGAGGAGUUGGAGGCAUUUUUGGUGAAGAACUCUGAGGCUCCCAAACAGUCCCUCUUACAGGAGACGGUGAUGAAAAAGUUGUUUCAGCUUCACAGCUUCUUCUGAUGAUUUUGUUGUUUAUCAUCAUUCUUUGAAGGUCAUUGCUGCCAUGUGACUUUUAUCAGACAGUAGCAUUUUCUUUGCAACUUUGGUGUGGCCUGCUGUGUGUCCGACAGCCCAAACAGUACACACAUCAGUCAGACCUUCGACUGCAGAAUGUCAGGAGCUCCACUGAAAAUCCACCCACACAUGUUCUUUGCACUUCCUGUUGGUUACAUUUUAGUUGUAGAAUUGAAAACAGCAGCUUGUGGUUUUCUGCCCUCAGAGCUGAUCUUCAUCUGGUUCAGUUUGUUUGGGUGAUGAGAACUUCAGCAGACAUAAAAUGUAGCUUUUUAUCAGCUGGAAGUUCUGUUCUCUGUUGACACAUCCAGAAAAAUGUUCACUUUUAGCAUUCUCAGCAGUCAGGUGCUUUUAAAAACAACUGCUGCUGAAAUAGAAACUCAAGUAUCUUCUCCUGCAAAUCUUAUGUUUGUGAAACCCAAGUCCUCCACCAGCAGGCUCCUGAUGGUUCUGCCGUCACACCGUGUGAGAAGCCGUUAGCACCAUCAGAAGCCCUGAGCUGAGGGAUGCUUUCAUUGCAGCACCUCUGUCUGGAUGAACUCGUCUGCUUCUUCUGCACAGACACAUUUUAGAGCAGUGAUACUGAAGCAGACAGAUUAGUCUGAAAAUGAAAGCGCUGGUUAUCAUCUUAAUAUGUUCUUCUUUUGUGUGAGGGGGUUUUAUUAGACAUUUUUCACAGAUUUCCUGCUCUAAAACAGUAAAGCAUACACAUCUGUUGCUUAUGGUCCAUCUUGAGCUGAUUCUCAGCAGAGAUUUGUUGGUUUUCUGGAGUUGGAGUAACCCACAAAGAGCAGGAUGAAGACAUCCGCUUAAGUUAGCAGCAUGUGUCUUACCCAAUCAAACUGGAUUUAUUGUGGGUUUUCAUUUGCAGGAUUGAAUUGGGACCAAAACACAAAAGAUCAGUUAGGAAUUGCAGCGAGUGCUUUUGACUUAUCCAGAUCAAAUCUUUGUGAUGUCCAGCUGAAGCCAUAGCAAACAUGUGACCAGGCCUGAAAGCAAAAUCAAAAGCAGGUGGCAAUGAAACACAACUUAAAAAUGAAAAGGUUUUGUUUGCUGCCCAAACCUUCACAGUAAAACUUCAGCUCCAGCUCUUUCAUUCUCCUGUCUUUGUGCAGCAUCAGCCGCAGCUUUGAAACUGCUGUCCUUGACGGCCUCCACGGAGAAGUCUUCUGCAGUUUGUCUGCUGUGCGAUUGAAGUUUUUCGCCAUGGAUUGCAUUCUUAGAUGAGUUGAUUCCUGAAGAAAUGGGAGGGGAUUUUCUUUCUUUUUUGCCCAUUUGGAUUUGCUCGGCGUUUCCCUCCUGCAGACAGGCAGCAGUGACCUUUUCCUUCUGUACUGAUCCUGGCCCAGUUUCUUUGAGCGCUCCUUGACUUUUCUGCUCUCCCUGAGCUAACUAAGGGCCCUGAGAGUUGUAUGCUGUUGAUCUGGAUUUGAAACAAAAAUUAAUAAAUUAAUUUUUAAAAAGUU